GGUGACUAAUUUGGAGAGAUUCUGGGUUUGUAUUAUUUUUUGAUUUAAUGUUAGAAGGUGUUAGGGUUUGCAGAAGGUGUUAGGGUUUGCAGAAGGCGAAAGGAAAGGAAGAAGAUGAAAGGGAAAAAAGGAAAAUCAAAGGAAGAAAAAAAGAAAAAAAGGAAAAAGGAAAUAUUUUAAGGUUUUUUUUUGCCAUGUCAUUGAUUUUUUUGCCAUAUCAUUGUUUUUUUUGCCAUGCUGUCAUCUUUUGCCGUUAAGUAAUGGGACACGUUAGUCAAUUUUUAACGGAAUGAUUAAAUCAGAAUCAAAAUGGUAAACAGUAGAGAUCAAAUUAGGAAUUUUUUUAGUUCAGGGACCAAAUCGAGAGUCCGUAUAAUAAUUGAGGGAUCCAAAUGUAAUUUUAACCAAUGUGAUUUGAUAUCACUAGAGUCGAAGUUCUAAAUGCUUUAUGCUGUUUUAUAUUUAGGUUGAGGAUAAUAAAAAAUUAAAAAAAAUUAUUUAAUUAUUAAAAAAUUAAAAAAAAAUUAUUUAUUUAUUUAAAUAAAUAAAUAAAGAAGAAAAGAAAGGGGAACUGAAGGAUAUGUAUAUCUUUCAAUUCCCCUCCUAUUCCUCUAGAUUGGAACAUACGUUAAGAUUGUCAGUUAAGACCGCAAAAACCAUAGCCACCGAACGGUGGGAUCUCUGUGGCUCGAAUAUUUUCAAUAUUUAUUUUGCAGCGCGCCAAAAGGAAAUGGCGGUAACUUCUGUAACGGAACUCGUGGAAGCCGUGAAGAGACCGCGUGCGCUUAGUGAAUCAAGGAGUCGUCCCUUUCCGAGAAAAUCAGAAGGCGACGGAGAAGAUGGAAGAUCGGCUACGUCUAUGGUGCGGCGGAAAUCGGAAACCGAGGCGGUUCCGCCUAAACGGAAUUCACACGGCGGCGCUAGAUUCUCUAUGCAGCGGAUAAGCGAGGUGCCAGAGAAGAAACCAAGAAAAUCCAUUCGCGUUUCUUUAAUGGGGAUUAUCAAGAAAAAUCGGGCUCAGUCUUCAGCUGAGACGGAGAGCUUUGAUGAUAGUGUUUUGGUGGAUGAAGAUGAUGAGAGUAGCGAUGAGGAUGAAAGACCGGACAGUGUGGACGACAGAGUUAGGCAGAAGGAAAUGAGAAAGGGGAUCGACCUCGCUACUACGCUUGAACGUAUAGAGAAAAACUUCGUCGUCACGGAUCCAAGGCUUCCAGAUAAUCCGAUAAUUUUUGCAUCUGAUAGCUUCCUGGAGCUGACAGAGUAUAGCCGUGAAGAAAUCUUGGGCAGAAAUUGCAGGUUUCUCCAAGGCCCUGAGACUGAUCAAACUACUGUGAGGAAGAUCCGAGAGGCAAUUGAUAACCAAACAGAAGUGACAGUGCAGCUAAUCAAUUACACAAAGAGUGGUAAGAAGUUCUGGAAUCUGUUCCAUCUGCAGCCUAUGCGUGACCAAAAGGGAGAAGUUCAGUACUUUAUUGGAGUGCAACUAGAUGGUAGUCAACAUGUAGAGCCACUUCGUAAUAGUAUUUCAGAGGCCACAGCAAAAGAGGGCGAAAAACUGGUGAAACAAACAGCAGAAAAUGUUGACGAAGCUGUGAGAGAACUUCCAGAUGCCAAUAUGAAACCAGAAGAUCUCUGGUUGAAUCAUUCAAAGAUGGUUCACCCUAAACCUCACAGGAAGGACAGUCCCGCUUGGAGAGCCAUUCAAGAGAUUCUCAAAAGUGGUGACCAGAUAGGUCUAAAACAUUUUAGACCAGUAAAACCUUUGGGAUCAGGUGACACCGGCAGUGUGCAUUUGGUGGAACUGUGUGAAACUGGCCAGUAUUUUGCCAUGAAAGCUAUGGAUAAGGAUGUUAUGCUCAAUCGAAACAAGGUGCAUAGAGCUUGUGCAGAGAGAGAAAUUCUUGAUAUGUUGGACCAUCCUUUUCUUCCUGCAUUAUAUGCUUCAUUUCAGACCAAAACACAUGUUUGUUUGAUCACUGAUUACUGCCCUGGUGGAGAACUUUUCAUGCUUUUGGACAGACAACCAUCAAAAGUCCUGAAGGAAAGUGCUGUAAGAUUUUAUGCUGCAGAGGUAGUCAUUGCGUUGGAGUAUCUUCACUGUCAAGGAAUUAUAUACAGGGAUUUAAAGCCAGAAAAUAUUUUACUCCAGAGCAGUGGACAUGUGUCCUUAACGGAUUUUGAUUUAUCAUGUUUGACAUCCUGCAAACCACAAGUAUUUAAGCUCUAGGAUCUCCUAGUUCUCCUCAACUGUAUUCUUCUCCUUCAUCAAAGUAUAGCUUUUAUGAUAACAUAAACUAGAUAAAUUGGGUUUUCCCUCUGUGCAGCUUCUGAUUCCACCUAUGGAGGAAAAGAAAAAACGCAAGAAAAAUCAACAGAAUCCUAUUUUUAUGGCUGAACCCAUGCGUGCAUCAAAUUCUUUUGUUGGCACUGAGGAGUAUAUAGCUCCAGAAAUUAUAACUGGGGCGGGCCACACUAGUGCAGUGGAUUGGUGGGCUCUAGGCAUCCUUCUUUAUGAAAUGCUUUAUGGAUAUACACCUUUUAGGGGAAAGACAAGACAAAAGACAUUUGCCAAUGUUCUUUCAAAAGAACUCAAAUUCCCAAGAAGCACACCGGUAAGUCUCCACGUGAAGCAGCUAAUGUACCGCUUGUUGAACAAAGAUCCCAAAAGCAGAUUAGGUUCUCGUGAAGGAGCAAAUGAAAUUAAGCAGCAUCCUUUUUUCAAAGGCAUAAAUUGGGCCUUAGUUCGUUCCAUGAACCCACCUCAACUUGAUGCCCCUCUCUUCCCAACAGAACCUGGAAAGGAAGGCAAAAUUUUGGACCCUCAACUACAAGAUCUACAAACAAAUUUCUGAGAGGUUGCACUCAUGUCAUUUUCUAGAUACAUGUACAACCUCUGAGAUAAUAUAUCUUCAAAAUGCAUUCUAAACUGCAAGUCUCCUCCAGAAAUCAAGUGGACCAUGUUGAGGAAAUAAAACGAUGACUAGAAGCUGUAGAAACUCCUCAUCAUGCUAAAGAUUCAUAAAUUAACCAGUUCUUGUAGUCAGAAUGUCUAAUAAUCACAUGAAAUCGAGAUCUUUAGUGUAUGUUGUGUAAUGCGUGCAUGUUCAGUAAUAAAGUGUUUCUUAAAGAUGAUCUGCUGG